AUGGCAGCUAAGUUUGUAGUCCUUCUGUGCGCGGUUGCGACCGCCCGCGCUGGGGGCUUAUACGGGGCUUCAUACGCACCCGUUGCCUCAUAUGCCUCAUAUGCACCUGCAGUGGCUUCAUACGCCGCCGCACCCGUAGCGUCCUACGCCGCCGCACCCGUGGCCUCAUACGCAGCCGCACCCGUAGCCUCAUACGCUUCUUAUGCCUCACCCGUCAUCAAGAGCUACGCCGCCCCAGCUGUUGCGUACUCUGCGCCUAUCGUCAAAGCCGUCGCACCCGCUGUGUCAUCAGUCUCUUCAUACUCGACUCACACAACCCACGGAGCUCCUUUGGUGGCUAAGAGCUACGCCCCAGUCGCAACUUACGCAGCAGCACCAUUGAUCAAAAGUUACGCCCCAGCCAUCCAAACAAUUUCUGCCCCAGCUAUCUCAUACGCAGCCCCUGCCAUCUCAUCUUACGCAUCUGCCCCCAUCUACAAGAGCUACGCAGCCCCCGCUGUAGCAUACUCGUCUCCCGUGAGCUACGCAUCUGCCCCAGCAUACAAGUCCAUCUCUCUGUCCGCACCCGCUCUCGCUUACGGCAGCUACGCUGGACACGGCUGG